AAUUCUCGUAGCGUGAUUCGCCAGGUAUUUGCCAUUUGCCGCGUGGCGCGUCCGAAAACAUACGAAAACUGCCGAACUGUUAGAACUGACGCAUCAAAGCGUCAGUUGCAUGUCGGACGUUAUUCCGGUCGUAUCACAGCUGUUUUUUGAUUCGAACGUAGACCGGUAUGGAGAACCAGCAGGUAUGGGUGCGAGAUCCUCAAGAGGGUUUUAUAAUUGGCAAGUUCGUGGACAUGGUUGACGGUGAUGCUUUGAUCGUACCAUUGGAUCCAAAAUAUGCACAACGUACUUGCCCAUUGGAAGAAGUUUAUCCUGCUGGAGAAUACACCAAAGACGUUGAAGAUAAUUGCGCUCUGAUGUACCUGAACGAGGCCACAUUAUUAAACAACAUACGGACUCGUUAUUUCAAGGAUAAUAUAUAUACUUACGUAGCCAAUAUUUUAAUUGCUGUAAAUCCUUAUUGCGAAGUUAAAGAUCUUUAUUCUACUGAAACAAUCAAAGCUUAUAAAGGGAAAUCUUUGGGAGAAACACCUCCUCAUGUUUUCGCUAUUGCUGACAAAGCAUUUAGAGAUAUGAAAGUAUUGAAACAAUCACAAAGUAUCAUUGUUUCUGGAGAAUCGGGAGCAGGCAAAACUGAAUCUACAAAGUAUUUGCUUCGAUAUCUUUGUGACUUAUGGGGAUCCACGGCUGGGCCGAUUGAACAGAAGAUUUUAGAUGCAAAUCCAGUGUUGGAAGCUUUUGGAAACGCAAAAACUAAGCGAAACAAUAAUAGCUCUCGUUUUGGUAAAUUCAUGGAAGUUCAUUUUGAUUCGAAAUGCCAAGUGGUUGGGGGUUAUAUUUCUCAUUAUUUAUUGGAAAAAUCGAGAGUAUGUCUUCAGAGUUCUGAUGAAAGAAAUUAUCAUGUUUUCUACAUGAUGUGUGCGGGUGCUCCUCCAGAACUUCGUGCAAAACUUGGAAUUACAAAACCGGAUGAUUUUCAAUAUCUAAAAAACGGUUGUACACAGUAUUUUUGUAACAAUGAAUCAGAAAAAAAGUUGAAGGAAACUCAAAAAAGUCAUGAUCAAAUUAUAAAAGGUAGCUUGCACGAUCCAAUCUUGGAUGACGUUGAAGGAUUUAAUGCUAUUGAUCAAGCUUUGACAAGACUCGGUUUGACCGAAGUAGAAAGAAUGGAAAUUUAUACAAUGGUAGCUGCAGUACUUCAUCUUGGAAAUAUCACUUUUGAGGACAAUCCUGAGGACACGAAAGGAGGCUCUAGAAUAUGCGCCAAUUCUGAGAAAGCAGUAUUAAUGAGUGCAAAAUUAUUAGCUGUUGAUCCUGAAGAACUUAGACAAGCUUUAGUUUCAAAAGUAAUGCAGACGAGUCGUGGCGGUAUCAAGGGAACAGUUAUUAUGGUACCAUUGAAAGUUUACGAAGCUAAUAAUGCCAGGGAUGCUUUGGCUAAAGCUAUUUAUAGUAAAUUAUUUGAUCAUAUUGUAGCUCGUAUCAAUAAGAGUAUUCCUUUUAAAGCUUCAAGUUAUUAUAUUGGUGUUUUGGAUAUUGCAGGAUUUGAAUACUUUAAAGUUAAUAGUUUUGAACAAUUCUGCAUAAAUUAUUGUAAUGAAAAAUUACAACAAUUUUUUAACGAAAGAAUUUUAAAAUAUGAGCAAGAUCUUUAUGCAAGAGAAUCACUUAAUGUUCCAAAGAUAUCUUAUGUAGAUAAUCAAGAUUGCAUUGAUUUAAUUGAAUCAAAAAACAUGGGAAUUUUUAGCCUCUUAGAUGAAGAAUCAAAAUUACCAACUCAUAGUUUUGCACAUUUUACUAGUGAGGUUCAUCGUGUCUGGAAUGGUCAUUUUAGAAUAACUUUACCGCGAACUUCUCGUUUGAAAGCUCAUAGAGAAUUACGUGAUGAUGAAGGAUUUGUAAUUCGUCAUUAUGCUGGUGGUGUUUGUUAUCAAACGAAUCAAUUCAUAGAGAAAAACAAUGAUGCUCUACAUGCUUCUUUAGAAGCAUUGAUUCAAGAAAGUAAUAAUAAAUUUCUCAGAACACAAUUUGCUAAUAAUUCUCGUCAGAAAGGAAAACUUACAUUCAUCAGUGUUGGCAGUAAAUUCAAAACACAACUUGGGGAACUCAUGGAUAAAUUAAAAAACAAUGGUACGAAUUUUAUUCGAUGUAUAAAACCAAAUAAUGAAAUGGUGGCUUAUCAAUUUGAUGGAAAUAGUAUUUUGGGUCAACUUCGUUGUUCUGGAAUGACAUCUGUCUUAGAACUUAUGGAACACGGUUAUCCUAGUAGAGUCCCAUUUCAAGAAUUGUACAAUAUGUACAAAACUUAUCUUCCGCCAGAAUUAGCCAAAUUAGAACCUAGAUUUUUUUGUGAAGCAUUACUUCAUAGUUUAAAAUUAAAUAAGAAAGAUUUUAAAUUUGGAAUUACCAGAGUAUUUUUUAAACCUGGAAAAUUUGCUGAAUUCGAUAAAAUUAUGAAAUCAGAUCCUGAGAAUUUAAGGAAAUUAGUAGCUAACGUAAAGAAAUGGUUGGUUAAAUCUCGAUGGAACAAAAUGCAAUUUUGUGCAUUAUCCGUGAUCAAAUUGAAAAACAAAAUUAUCUAUCGAAGACAGCAUUUAAUUAUUUUACAAAAAACAGUAAGAAUGUAUAUAGCUAAAAAGCAACAUCGUCCUCGCAUAAAGGGAAUUCGAAAAAUUGAAAACUUAAAAACACAAUUAAAAGGUAUGGAAGAAACAUCUAAGCAAUUAAAAAAUCAUGAACAAUAUAUGAAUGACAUAAAAAGAUUGCAAUACAAUUUGGAUGAAGUGAUUAAAAAGAUUAAAGUCAGUGAAAAAAUGAAAUCAAUGGAAAUUGAUAAUUUAUAUACGAAUUUAGUAAAUCAAGUAAACAAACAAAUGGCAUUAUUACAAGAUAAUGUUAAACAACAAAAAAUUGCUGAGGAACAAGCAAGAUUAAGAAAAAUUCAACAGGAAUUAGAAAUUGAAAAGCAGAAAAAAGAAGAAGAAGAAAGAAAAAAAAAAGAAGAUGAAGAAAAUAGAAGAAAAAAACAUGAAAUUGAAAUAAGAAGAAAGAUAGAAGAAGAGCAAAAAAGAAAACAAGAAGAAGAAGAUAAAAAAACUGCUGCAAUUCUUCAAGCGCAGAUAGAAAAAGAAGCAAUGGAAGAAAGUAAAUAUCGCGAAUUAUUGGAACAGGAAAGAAGAGAUCACGAAUUAGCAGUAAGAUUAGCUCAAGAAUCAAACGGACAAGUUGAAGAUUCUCCACCACCUGUACGAAGUGGUUCCGAUGUACGAAUACCAUCAAACAACAGGCUAAUAAGAUCGGAGCAAAUACGUAAUCAAGUAGUUUUGACUAAUAAAAAAUAUGAUUUAUCUAAAUGGAAGUAUUCGGAACUACGAGAUGCAAUAAAUACAUCCUGCGAUAUCGAAUUAUUAGAGGCUUGUCGUCAUGAAUUCCAUCGACGAUUAAAAGUUUAUCAUGCAUGGAAAGCAAGAAAUCGUAGACGAACAAUCAUGGAUGAAAAUGAAAGGGCACCAAAAUCUAUCAUGGAAGCUGCUGCAAAAACACCAAGAUCUCAAACGAAACAAUGCAUAGUCGAAUCUUCGCAACGAUAUUUUAGAAUUCCUUUUAUACGACCAACUGUAACAGGUCAGCAAGACUCACAUACACCUGGUAAACGAGGAUGGUGGUAUGCUCAUUUCGAUGGUCAAUAUGUUGCUAGACAAAUGGAACUUCAUCCAGACAAAGCACCAAUUUUGUUGGUAGCAGGUAUUGAUGAUAUGCAAAUGUGCGAAUUGAGUCUAGACGAAACUGGAUUAACUAGGAAACGCGGUGCAGAAGUUUUGGAACAUGAAUUUAAUCGUGAAUGGGAAAAACAUGGAGGUAAAUCUUAUGUGCCUUCAUGUGAUCGUAAGAAAUGAGACUAUUAUAUUUGAACAAGUAAAAGUAGUUUUUUAUAUAGAUUUUAUGAAUUUUUAUAUUGAAAAUGAAUUCAGAGCACAGUGCCUUAAAAUGUGUGCCUUUUUCAUUACAUUAAUAAAGGCAAUACUUUGUAAAUCACGAUAAGAUAGAUUCAUAUUGUUAUUGAUUGUUAUUGAUUAUAAUUUUUCAUGGAAAAUAUAAAAUGACAAAUAUGAGAUGGAUCUAUAGAUUGGUAAAUGUACAAUAUGCUGUGCACAUAGUAACUAUAGUUAUUUCUAAUAUAAUAAAUUCAAUAUUUAAAAUCAAUAUGAAUUCAUAUUGAAUAUUUUGUAAUUAAAAAAUUACGAUUUCAAAGGAAGAUAUUAAAUUUGAAAUUUAUUCUUUUUUUUUUUAAAUGAUAUUUCGAUUUAUUUAAUGAAAUUAACUUAUCAUAUUAAAAUUUAUUGUGAAAACAAUAAACUUUUAAUAUAUAAAACUCUUUUACAUUUUAUAAUGUAAUAUAUAAUAUUUUGACUCCUUUAAUUAAUAUAAAUCAUUACUGAAGAAACUAUCUUCAUAUAGCUAUAAUAUAAAUAAUUUUAUUUGUUUGUUGAAAAAGAUAAGAUAUUUAACACAAAUUGUGAAAUUAAAGGAAAAUGUUUACAAAUAAACAAUAUGUAUCAAUUAAUUACAUUUAUCAAUAAAUAUCUAUUUGUUUCA